AUGAUGUACCCCGAGCUUCGUCUUAUCGUCAUUGCUGGCUUGAGACGUCGAAUCCCGCUCAUGAUCAAGGAAGGAGACCGUCUUGACAAGAAGUACGAGGAUAUUUGCAAAGUCUUGGACUCGGGCUACUUCAACUUCGGUGAUGAGGUGUUCCGCUGGGACGAGGAAGAAGAGCGUGUCCUGGAGGAAAUCGACAUCUAUGCCGAGAAGAAGAAGAUCAGCCAGGCGAGGUUGGACCUCUUGGAGGAUCUUAGAGAUGCCCGUCAGCAGUUGAGAGAGCUCCUGAGCAAGCCAGCGAAGAGGCUCUGGGGGUGUUAG